UAAAUAGCACAGAAACAGAAGAAGCGAGUAGAGGGGCAAACACGAGUUCCCAUUCCGCCGCCGCUGAUCGAUCUCAGCGCCGGCGGCGCCUCGCCGGCUGCGACUCGUGCGCCCGCUCGAGGAGAUGGCAGCAGCGGGGCCGGAGUCGGAGAUGCAGGUGGACUUGGCGGCGCAGGGGGCGGCUUGCGAGCGGCAGAUCGCCGCCGACCGGGACCCCUCCGCCUGGGCGGCCUUCCGCGCCGGCCUACAAUCCGCCCGCUCCGGCGCCCACCAAACUUUCUCGCGCAAAGGGGACCUCGCCGGGCUCCAGAGGCAGCUCCGCGACCUGGAGGCUGACCUAGCGCAAACCCUGUCCCUUAAAAUCGCCAAGGAGAGGAAAUGCGAGCGCAUUAGGGAGUCGAUCUCGGCCUCGGCUGCCGCAGGCGAGCAGCUCAGGAACAUGGUCGCCGACCAGAGGAACAGGAGAGUCCAGCAUGCCGCCGUCGUAUCACAUGCGCUCCAGGCUGUCGAGGCUCUCGAAACGAAGAACAGUGAAGACGGACAGUGGAGGGAAGAUAUAGACAAAGUUCUUUCAUGGUACCAACAGUUUGCCGGCUUCCAGGUUGUCGAGGAAGUAGGAGGUGUGAGAUUCAUCUUUGACAAAGUUGACUCGCAAGCUCCCGAGAAGGAGUUCUCGAUGGUCUUAAACUUUGACAAAGACUCCGAGGAACUGCUCAAGGAUUUGAACCUCGCUAACGAUCUACCCAAGUUUGUAAGAAUCACCCGAGAAAGGAUCCAGGCUGCUUCGAUGAACGGGACUCUUCCGGUAAGCACAACUUUUUGUCCAGAUGCUUCCCCUCUACCAGUCUCAUCUCCACCGAUGAUGUCAGUUGAUUCUAGUAGCAGAAAUGAUGCUGAUCAAAGCCACUCCCAAAGUAAGAACAAGAAGAGGGCUCUUCCUGCUAAGAGAAGAGCUUCUGCCUUGUCGGCAGCAUCUCCUGGCUCUGUGCGUCGCUCCCCACGUUUGCCGGGAAACAUGUGAGUCCUCAGAGGAAGCAGACCCUGACCCCGGAACACUAAGCCCUGACUGAUGACUGUGUCUCCUGCUCUUGCUGCCCUGAGUAAACACGAUCAUACAUUGUCCAGUCCCCUUUAACUAACGCAAAUGACUGGCUUGGAGAAAUAUGCAGAUUUCUUUUGUUGUCAUAGUCGAUUGUUUUGAACAAACAUUUGUUAAGUUUGUUGUUGCGUUGUGAUCGUAAAACUCUGGGCAUGCACGAAGGUUGAUGUACUUCUGUAUGUGGUUUAUGAUAUGCAAUGUAUGUAUUGCUGAGCUGUUGAGUACUA